AUGUCUUCGGGUGUGAAAGGACAAGUACUAAAACUAACUGGUGAUUUUAUGCCUUGUGGUGGGGAAACCGAUUUGUCGAGAAAUUCACGGAAUUCAACAAAACCUCAUAAGAAUAUUUUUGUUAUUGCAUUAAAAGCACCAGUAUCAGAAAAUGAAUUCAAUAGUAAUUCAACUACAUUAGAAUCAAUUCAGCAUCAUUCGAAAUUUAUCAAAAUGACUGAAACAAAUUCUAUGGGUGAAUAUACAUUAUAUUUACCACCAGGUCUCAGAGUGACUAUUGUUAUUUGGCUAAAUAAUGCACUGUAUCUUAACUUGUACGAAUUUGUACACACACAAAUGGAGUGGCAUUCACUCACUGUACCUCAAUCAGAUUAUAUCACUUUCAAUAUUAAAGAUACUAAAGAUGCUGUAAGCUAA